GGCGGAGGUUCCUUCAGGUUCCGGCUGCUAUUAUUUGCAUUAAUUGGCCAUCUCAAAAGAACCCUCUGACUAGAUGAUUAUUUGUUCUGGUGAUUGAAGAGUUCAGGACCCCUUCAUCCAUUGAAGCACAGUGGUGGUGUUAUUUUCUCCCAGACAUCAGCAGUUUGACGAAAAUGGGAGAAAAUAGAGAGGAAGCUGACGAUAAGCUGCCCAUUCCUCUCUUAUCUUCUUACAACAUGGGAUGUUUUCAUCUAUGCCACAGGAUAGUUUUGGCACCGAUGACAAGAUUAAGAUCCUACAACUUCAUGGCACAGACACAUGCAGUUCUUUACUACUCACAGAGGACAACAGAGGGUGGAUUCUUGAUCUCUGAAGCCUCUGGAAUCUCAGACACUGCUCAAGGGUAUCCACAUACUCCAGGCAUAUGGAGGAAAGACCAAAUGGAAGCAUGGAAGCCAAUUGUUAAAGCAGUUCAUGAGAAAGGAGGUGUUUUUUUCUGCCAGCUUUGGCAUGCUGGCAGAGUUUCAAACUAUAGUUACCAGCCCAAUGGGAACCCUCCAGUUUCUUGCACGGACAAGCCGAUUCAAACCGAUGUGGAUAUUGGAGGCUCCAACGAAGCAAUCUUUUCACCGCCUCAUCGACUCACGGUUGAGGAAAUCUCUCAGAUUGUCGAUGAUUUUAGAGUGGCUGCAAAACACGCCAUUGAAGCAGGCUUCGAUGGGGUAGAGAUUCAUGCAGCAAACGGUUACCUGGUCGAUCAAUUCAUGAAAGACCAAGUAAACGACAGGACCGACGAGUAUGGAGGAAGCUUAGAGAGCCGUUGUCGUUUCCCAUUAGAGAUAGUGGAAGCCGUGGCACAGGAGAUAGGACCCCAGAGAGUCGGCAUUAGGCUCUCACCCUAUGCUGACUACAACGAAUGUGGGGACUCAAACCCGGACGCCCUCGGCCUAUACAUGGCCAAGGCACUAAACAAAUACAACAUACUCUACUGCCAUGUGAUUGAGCCAAGAAUGAUAACGCAGUUUGAAAAGCAAGUUACGAGAAGCAGCUUGGUUCCCAUGAGAAAAGCUUUCAAAGGGACGUUUAUCGUUGCCGGGGGAUACAAUAGGGACGAUGGCAACGAAGUUAUAACCCGGGGCGGAGCUGAUCUCGUGGCGUUUGGGCGAUUGUUCUUGGCUAAUCCCGAUUUACCGAGGAGAUUUGAGCUUGAUUCGGUUCUUAAUAAGUAUGAUAGAAACACAUUCUACACACAUGAUCCUGUAGUUGGUUACACGGAUUAUCCGUUUCUUGACAUCAAUUCAUAGAACUUGGAGAAGAUUUAGCAAAUUUACAUCUUAAAGUGUCUAAUUCUGAUUGUACAAAUAGCUAUUAGAUGUGUACUUCAUGAUCCAGCUCAAAUGGACUGAUUUAUUAAAAGCUGUUGGAUCCAGAUAAA